CCUCUCGGAGCCCACCCGAGCCCGCCGAACCCACCCGAAGCCUCUCCGAGCCCACCCGAUCCCGCCGAACCCACCCGAAGCCUCUCCGAGCCCGCCGAACCCACCCGAAGCCUCUCCGAGCCCACCCGAGCCCGCCGAACCCACCCGAAGCCGCCCGAAGCCUUUCCGAGCCCACCCGAAGCCUCUCCGAGCCCACCCGAAGCGGCGCCGAGCCGAGCGCGGCCGAAGCGGGCGCCGGUGGCCCCGGUGGUGGCCCCGGUGGCCCCGGCGGUGGCCCCGGGAUGGUGGCGGCUCCCCCGGCCGCCGCCGCCGCCAUGCGCCGGGGGUUCCUGGUGCCCGAAAUCCGCCCGCUCGACCAGUACGACGGGGCUCGGGCUCGCAGCGCCGCCAGCCUGGCCUGGGCCAUCGCCACCGGCUACGGCGGCGCCGGGAACGUCCCCGAGGAGCUGCGGGACCCUUUUUACACCGACCAAUACGCUCAGGAGCACCUGAAGCCGCCGGUCGAGCGCCUCCUGCUGGCCUCUGACAUUUACUGCAGGGCCUGGAGCCACGCCCUGGCCACGCCCUGCCAGGCCCCGCCCCCCUCGGCCCCGCCCCACCCCGAGCCCCCCCCCCAGGAUUUGGGGGCGCUGCUGGCGCUGCUGGCGGGGAGGGGGGUCCCCCCCACCCUGCAGGGGGUCCCCGUCAGGGCCCAGGACCUGCAGCAGAGGCCGAUCCGAAUGGGCGCUCACCUGGCCUUGAUCGAUUCCCUCAUGGCCGCCUUCGUCGCCGAGGCCACUCGGAAUUUGGGGGCUCCCCCCGGAGCCCCCCCAGGACCCCAAAAUUGGGAACCCAAAAUUUUGGGUUGGUUGGACACCGUGAAUCGGAAGCUGCAGGAAAGCACCGAAAAAGAGGGGGGGGCGACACCCCCAAAUUCGGGGGUCCCCGAAAGCUCCGCAGCCCCCCCAGCUUGUGCCCACAAGUGUCCCACCCGCUGGUACUGGAAGUUGGUGCCCCACGCCAUCGCCUUCUGUUUGAAGGAAUCGGGGAAUAAACCUCCGGUGAUUCGGUACCGUAAAGACAAAGGGGCUCCCCCGGCGCCUCCCCCGUUCCCUCCCGUGAGGGGGCUCCAGGAUUUGGCCAGCGGGGGGGUCCUGGCGGCCGCCAUUCACUUCUACUGCCCCCAAUCUUUGCGCCUCGAGGAGAUCCGCCUGGGGGCGCCGCUGGCGCUGCCGGACCGGCUACACAACCUGGGGCUCGUGCGCGACUUCGGCGCCCGCCACCUGCGCACCCGCUGCCCCCUGGCGGUGGAGGACCUGCUCUACAUGGCGCCGGCCCUCAAGUUGAACGUGGGGGCCUUUCUGGCCGAGCUGUUCCUGUGUUUCGAGGUGCUGAGACCCCCCUUUGUCACCCCCGGCAGCUGGGGGGGGGCCCAGAUUCCAAUGUUCCCUCCCCCACCAGAAUCUCCAGCCACCGGUGAUGCCUCAAACCCCAAAAGCAGCUCCCCCGGCUUCAACUUCCGGCACCCCCUGUUGGCAGGGGGGGGGCAGCCCCCAGGUCUCCUGCCCCACUCCCCCUCCCUCCCCCACGGCGACGGAUUCGGGAAGGGCUGGAGCAAGAGACCCCUCAGCCACCCCCUGUCCCAAGCCGUGUCCUUCAGCAUCCCCUUCGGGCUGGACAGCGACGUCGACAUCGUCAUGGGCAACCCCGUGGGGGUCCCGGCGGGGACCCUCGCCCGCUCCGCCAGCUCCGACAGCCUCGCCCCUCCCCGCCGCCACCCCCGGGCCACCCCCGCCACCCCCACGGGGGUCCCCAACGGUGUCCCCGAGCCCCCCGAGCCCCCCAGCAUCGAGGAGGCGCUGCAGAUCAUCCACAGCUCCGAGCGCCUCCUCCCCGACGGAGCCCCCGACGCUUUCUUCCUCCACUCCCCGGAGCCGCCCCCUCCUCAAAAUCCCACCCGGGACCUUCCAAAAUCCACCCGCGACCCUCCAAAAUCCACCCGCGACCCUCCAAAAACCCCCCCGGGACCCCCCAAAAUCCACCCGGGACCCUCCAAAACCCCCCCGGGACCCCCCCAAAACCCAGCCCGCCCCAUGACCAGCUUCGCCGAGCGCAAGAAGAAGCUGGAGGAAGCCACCAACGCCGCCCCCUCCAAUUGCGGCGGGGGUCCCGCCGUCAAUUUGGGGGGGGUCUCCGGCACCCCCGGGGGUCCCCCGGAGGCGGGCGGGGGUCUCAGCGCCGAGAUGUCGCAGCUGGGGGCGCGUUUGGAGGAGAAGCGCCGCGCCAUCGAGGCUCAGAAGAAGCGGAUCGAGGCCAUUUUCGCCAAGCACCGCCAGCGCCUGGGGCAGAACGCUCUGCAGCGCCUCCGCCACGAUGAGGAGGGGGCUUCCCCCGCCCCUCCCGAGGAGGAAUUGAGUCUGGGGGCUCCUCAGAAAGCCCCUCCGGGUCAGUACGAGGCGGCGGUGGCCAGGCUGAGCGCGGCGCUGAGCUCGCUGCAGCUGGACAUGCAGCGCCUGACGCAGCAGCAGGAGCGGCUCCUGCUGGAGCAGCGGCCGCACGGAGCCCCCCAAGCCUGGGUGAUCCCCCUCCCCAAAUCCGCCAAGACCCCCGCGGCUCCCCCAAAAAACGCGCCGGGGUCGCCAGCGCCCGCCAGAAGAGGAGGAGGAGGAGGAGGAGGAAGCAACAACAACGCGGGGAGCGCCGCACCGGCAACAACAACGGGAGGAAACGCGGCUUCUGUCGCGAUAUCGGGCGGAGUCGCGACGGGGGUCCCGCAAGGCGCCUCCCGCAGCCCGAGGAGACCCCGGCCCGCCGAGCUGCGGCUGCCGCCCCUGACCCGGGUGCUGACCCCUCCCCACGAUGUGGACACGCUGCCGCACCUGCGGCGCUUCUCGCCCAGCCAGGUGCCCGUGCAGACCCGCAGCUCGCUGCGCUUCGCCGACGGCCAGGAGGAGCAGGAGGAGGAGGAGGAGGAGGAGGAGCAGCGACCCCCGGCCACCUCCGGCCCCCCCGAGUCCCCCCCGGUGCCCGGCAAGGGGACCCUGCGGGCGCGGGCGUGCGGGGAUGGCACCAGCGACGUGUCCCUGUCCCCCGGCGAGAAGGGGACAGCCAGGGGACACCGGCAGCAGCAGGAGGAGGACGAGGAGGAGGAGGAGGAGGAGGAGGAGGAGGAGGAAGGAGAAGGGACUCGCUGGAGGGGUCCCCAACCGAGGGGGGAAACGGGGGACACCGGGCCAGCGUGGGGUUCUUCUGUAAGCUCGAUGACACCGACCCGGGCCCCCCCCGCCGCGCCCCUCCCCCCCUGCGGCAGCGGUGGCUGUGGGGGGCGGGGCAGGAGCAGCCCCCGGACAGACCCCCAGCGGAGCCCCCCCAGCCCCCCCCGCCCCCAGCGCCCCCCAGACCCCCCCCCUGAGGAGGAAUUUGGGGGGGGGUCCCGGCGGGGGGAGUUCACCCGCUUGGAGUACGAGCGGCGGCAGCAGCUGAAGCUGAUGGAGGAGCUGGAGAAAGUCCUGAGACCCCCCCGCGGGACCCCCGCCCCAAAAUCGGGGGGGGGGCAGCGCUCGGGGACACCCCCGGGACGGCCAAAAUCGGGGAGGGGGCUCGGGGAGACCCCGGCCCCGCUGCUGCGACGACUCGGCCCUGGCGAGGAGCCCCCCAAGGGGCUGCUGGGGUCGCGCCUGUCCAAGGUUUAUUCCCAGAGCUCCCUGUCCCUGUCCAGCGUGGCCGAGCCGGGCGGGGGGCGCGGCACCAGCCGGGCUGGGUCCCCCUCGGGGCCGGGGUCCCCAAACCGAGCCCCCCCCCCCAGGCGGGAGUGGGACAACGACUCCAACCCCUCCUCCCCAGGGCCGGAGUACACGGGCCCGAGGCUGUACAAGGAACCCACGGCCAGGUCGAACCGGCCGCUGAUCCAGAACGCCCUGGCCCACUGCGUCCUGGCCGGGACCCCCAACGCCCCCCUGAGGGCCAAAGUGCUGCAGGAGAUGGAACAAAGCUCAGCCCAGCAGCUCCUGAUCCUAUUCCGGGACGGGGGCUGCCAAUUCCGGGGCGUUUACGCUUUGGGGGGGAUCCCCCCGACCCUAAAACGCCUCUCGGGGUCGGGACCCCGCAGCGUCCCCCUGCCCAUGGUGGAGGCUCUGUACAAAUACCAGUCAGACCAGCGGCGCUUCUGCCGCCUCCCAGCGCGCACCAUGAGCGGCAGCGUGGACGCCUUCACCAUCCCCGGCCACCUCUGGCACCCCAAAAAACCCGGCACCCCAAAAUAAACCGGGGCUGAAACCCCAAAAAACGGGGGGAGACCCCAAAUCUGAUCCCACUCUGUGCGCUCGGUGCUUGGUUAAGGGGGAUUUUUCGGG